CUGCGAAGAUGGCGGCUGCAGCGGCCACUGCUUCCUCGGAUUCCGAAGGCGGCCGAGGGGAAAGCUCUGAGGCCAGUUCCAAAUGGUUGGAUGCGCACUACGACCCUGUGGCCAACAUCCACACCUUCUCCGCCUGUCUGGCGCUGGCAGACCUACACGGGGACGGAGAGUACAAACUGGUGGUCGGGGACCUUGGCCCCGGGGCACAGCAGCCCCGCCUGAAGGUGCUCAAGGGGCCAGCCGUGCUGACCGAGAGCCCACUGCCUGCCCUGCCGGUUGCCGCUGCCGCCUUCCUCAUGGAGCAGCAUGAGCCCCGGAUGCCAGCCCUCGCUCUUGCUUCCGGCCCUUGUGUCUAUGUGUAUAAGAACCUCAGACCCUACUUCAAGUUCAGCCUGCCUCUGUUGCCGGUCAAUGCCUUGGAGCAAGACCUUUGGAAUCAAGUCAAAGAGGACCAGAUUGACCCCUUAACCCUGAAGGAGAUGCUGGAGGGCAUCCGGGAGAAAGCGGAAGUGCCUCUGUCUGUGCAGUCUCUCAGGUUCCUGCAGCUGGAGCUGAGUGAGAUGGACGCCUUCGUGAGCCGCCACAAGUCCAACUCCAUCAAGCGGCAGACGGUCAUCACAGCCAUGACCACCUUGAAGAAGAACCUGGCUGAUGAAGACGCUGUGUCCUGCCUGGUGCUGGGCACGGAGAACAGGGAGCUGCUGGUGCUCGACUCCGAGGCCUUCACUAUCUUGUCCAAGAUGAGUCUCCCUGGGGUGCCUGUCUUCCUGGAGGCCUCAGGCCAGUUUGAUGUGGACUUCCGCCUGGCUGCUGCGUGCCGCAAUGGGAACAUCUACGUCCUGAGAAGAGACUCCAAGCUGCCCAGGUACUGCAUUGAACUGAACGCCCAGCCCGUGGGCCUUGUGCGGGUCCACAAGGUCUUCGUGGCAGGCACCACCCAAGACAGCCUGAACGGCUUCACCCACAAGGGUAAGCGACUGUGGACUGUGCAGAUGCCUGCAACCAUCCUGACCAUGAACCUGCUGGAGCAGCGUUCCCGAGGCCUGCAGGCUGUCAUGGCCGGGCUGGCCAACGGUGAGGUCCGCAUCUACCGGGACAAGGCCCUGCUCAACAUCAUCCGAGCCCCGGACGCAGUGACCAGUCUCUGCUUUGGCCGCUACGGGCGGGAAGACAACACUCUCAUCAUGACUACUCGAGGUGGUGGCCUGCUGAUCAAGAUCCUAAAGCGAACGGCGGUGUUUGGGGAGGGGGCCGGUGAGCUGGGCCCCCCACCAGCCCAAGCCAUGAAGCUCAGCGUACCCCGCAAGACCCGACUCUAUGUGGAUCAGACACUGCGAGAGCGCGAGGCUGGCACUGCCAUGCAUCGGGCCUUCCAGACUGACCUCUACCUGCUGCGCCUCCGGGCGGCCCGGGCCUACGUGCAAGCCCUUGAGUGCAGCCUCAGCCCCGUGUCCGCCACAGCCCGGGAGCCGCUCAAGCUGCUGGCUGUGGUCCAGGGCCUGGGCCCCACCUUCAAGCUCACACUUCACCUGCAGAACACCUCAACCGCCCGGCCCAUCCUGGGGCUGCUGCUCUGCUUCCUGUACAACGAGGUGCUCUACGCCCUGCCCCGGGCCUUCUUCAAGGUCCCCUUGCUGGUACCAGGGCUCAGCUACCCACUGGAGACCUUUGUGGAGAGCCUAAGCAGCAAGGGCGUCUCGGACAUCAUCAAAGUGCUGGUGCUUCGAGAAGGCCAGAGUGCACCAUUGCUAAGUGCCCACAUCAACAUGCCUGUGAGCGAGGGGCUGGCAGCCGCCUGAGCCCCACAAAAUCCAAGCCUGCCACACUAGACCCCUCCUG